GGAAAUUGAGGUAUGUCAACAACAGCAAUUAUAAAAAUGAUGUCAUGAUCAGAAAAGAGGCUUAUGUACAUAAAAGUGUGAUGGAGGAACUCAAGAGAAUCAUUGAUGACAGUGAAAUUACCAAAGAGGAUGAUGCUUUGUGGCCUCAUCCUGACCAAGUGGGCCAACAGGAGCUUGAAAUUGUCAUUGGAGAUGAACACAUUUCUUUCACAACAUCAAAAAUUGGUUCCCUUAUUGACGUCAAUCAAUCCAAGGAUCCAAAAGGUUUACAAGUAUUUUAUUAUCUUGCCCAGGACCUGAAGUGUUUGGUCUUCAGUCUUAUUGGAUUACACUUAAAGAUUAAACCAAUCUAGGUUGAAUAUUGCUGUAGACUUGAGGGGGGUGGGAGUAGUUAUUAAUUAACAUUAUCAGGAAAUUUUUGUGUAUAUCAGGGCAAU